AAAAUCGCCAUGCCUCAAGUGAUAUAAAACAAAUUUGAAGAGAGCUUCAUCGUCCGUUUCCUUUCCACUAAUACCCAAAAGACCAAAAAACUGCCUCUUACGCGCACUUGACCUUGUGCUGUAUUGCCCCGAAGUCAUGACGGCUCUUUCUUCUGGUUUCGCCACUACAACAUUCGUUUUACUGUUACUUUCUAAUUGCCUGUUGCAAAUAAGCGCCUGGAAAUCACCCCACGACAAGACCCACUGGGAUGCCACCCAAAACGAGCGUACCAAAGGACACGUGAAGCUCAAAUAUGCGAAGACGGGAUACGCAAGCUACUCUGCUAGUAGUAGUACUAACUCCCAGUCGAUGGUCGUAUCUCGUCCUCCCAGCCUGAACCUCGGUUUUCCUCAACCACAUCCGGGUAAUCCCAAUAAUUUUCCAGUACCCCACCCUCCAGCAUCACAGGAUGGUGCAGGAGUACCCCCAAUGGCCAAAACCUUUGUAGAUGAGCACAACAAAGUCAGAGAUGUUUAUGGAGUACCCCCGCUCACAUGGAACUCACAACUGAUCCCAUCGGCUCAACGACUCGCUGCUGCUUGCGCCUUCAGACAUACGGACAAUAACCCUUACGGAGAGAACAUCGCUGCCGGCCAAAGCUCACCGGAAGAAGUUGUAUCUCAGUGGGUUGAAGGACCGCAAGAAAAACUCGCAUAUAACCCCAAUAAUCCACAAGAUUCUCAUUUCACUCAGGUCGUGUGGGAGGAAACUCGGGAGCUAGGUUGCGCAGUUACGAGUUGUCCAAGGAUGGUUGGAGUUUCAUUGCCUCAAUCUCCGAUUCAAUUUUGGGUAUGCGAGUACCACCCGGCUGGCAACGUUGAGACUCUGUAUUUGAAAAACGUUCACGCUCAGGCUGGAGGUGCACCAUCCCGCCGUUAAACCAUCAUCAUUUGAUCAGCGCUGCCUCAGCAGUUCUCCUUUCAUUCAGUUCGAAGUCUCGGUUUAGCUUUUCGCGCGGAUCAGAUUAUUCGACCAUUUUUGCAUACAAAAUCUUCGUAUCUAGUAUUUUCCAAUCUUUUCAAGCUCGUUCUCUUCAAUCAAUCAUUAGGCCUUUCUAAAUUUCGACUGCUGUACUCCAUUCUUUUCUCUUUACUGCUUUUUCGACUUGUCCCAAUCAUUCCAAGCUCAUUUCCUUGCGUGCAAGUUCAUUCAUCAUUUUUGUGGCUAUUCAUUUCUGGCAUGGUUCCCUUGAACCACAAGUGGCUCUGUUCUAUAGUGCAAAUUGCGUUUUGUCGACGGGAAUGAUUACCAUUGAAUAUUGGUCAACAUGGGUCUACUCUAAGUCAAGCCAGUUGCUCUUCCUUCUCCUAUUUACAUGCUACCCCCCCCCCCCCCCAAAGGGUAUCUUCAAA